AGUUAGUGUUCAAAUCGCGGGCGUCGAGAUCGGUUGGUAGUGCGUGUGUUACGGGUAUUUUAUCUCCACCUCCAAAUUGUGCCUUAUUUACCUUUUUCGCUGUGCUUUAAGCUUCCGCUCUCUUUCGCUCUUCUGGAGCUCGAAGGCAGGUUGAAAUACCAGUAGAUAAAAAUAAAACGAAAAGUAAAAGAGCUGCAUAAAAACGCAUAAAUUCAAUUGAGCUCUAAGCAAGUUUCACUUGCUUUUUCGUAUUACGAGUGACAAAAAAAAGAGACCCACCAAUAUAACGGAGGAAAAAACAAAAAUAAAAAACUCGGCGCACGUAUUGAUAAUUUCUAUUAAAACUGAACGUUUACCGAUUAGAUUACACGGCACAUCGACACUUUAACCACAAACAUCGCAAGAAUAACCAAAGAAAAUGGAGGGCAGAGCGCGAUAACAAAUUACCCUAAAUUAUAAAUCGAAUAAAUCGAAAAACAAAAACAAAAGGUGUCCGAUUUACUUAGCAAACCCAGUGAUAUCAAUGCAUAUAAGCGAGAUUUCAGAUCACUCCUUGACUUAGAUAAUAUUUUGGCCACGUAAUGUUUCCGAACCAGAACAAUGGAGCCGCUCCUGGGCAGGGUCCAGCAGUUGAUGGCCAACAGAGCCUCAACUACAACGGCCUGCCCGCCCAGCAGCAGCAGCAAUUGGCACAGUCCACGAAAAAUGUGCGAAAGAAGCCCUACGUAAAGAUCACCGAACAACCGGCAGGAAAGGCGCUAAGGUUUCGCUACGAGUGCGAGGGACGCUCGGCGGGAUCCAUUCCGGGCGUGAACUCUACGCCGGAGAACAAGACCUAUCCGACAAUCGAAAUUGUGGGCUACAAGGGACGCGCCGUAGUUGUUGUCUCCUGCGUCACAAAGGAUACGCCAUAUCGUCCUCAUCCCCACAAUUUAGUUGGCAAGGAGGGCUGCAAGAAGGGCGUCUGUACACUGGAGAUCAACAGUGAGACAAUGCGAGCGGUGUUCAGUAACUUGGGUAUCCAGUGUGUCAAAAAGAAGGACAUUGAGGCGGCGCUCAAGGCGCGCGAGGAGAUCCGUGUGGAUCCGUUUAAGACUGGCUUUUCGCAUCGUUUCCAGCCCUCGAGCAUAGAUCUGAAUUCGGUGCGAUUGUGCUUUCAAGUAUUCAUGGAGAGCGAGCAGAAGGGUCGAUUCACCUCGCCACUGCCGCCGGUAGUUUCGGAGCCCAUCUUCGAUAAGAAGGCCAUGUCCGACCUGGUCAUCUGCCGGCUGUGUAGCUGCUCGGCCACCGUUUUCGGCAACACCCAGAUCAUCCUGCUCUGCGAGAAGGUGGCCAAGGAGGACAUCUCCGUGCGAUUCUUUGAGGAGAAGAAUGGCCAGAGUGUUUGGGAGGCCUUUGGUGACUUCCAGCACACGGAUGUCCACAAGCAGACUGCCAUUACCUUUAAGACGCCGCGCUAUCAUACCCUGGACAUCACAGAGCCCGCCAAGGUUUUUAUUCAACUGCGACGUCCCUCGGAUGGAGUUACCAGCGAGGCCCUGCCCUUCGAGUACGUGCCAAUGGACUCAGGUAAACAUACAUUCUGGAAUCUUCAUCGGCACCUCAAGCGGAAGCCGGACGAAGAUCUCUUUCAGCAGAUCCUCAGGUUGGACGCCAAACGGGAAGUGCAGCCGCCAACGAUUGAGGUUAUCGAUUUGGAUACACCGAAAAUAGAUGUGCAACGUGAGAUACCUUCGGAAAUGGAAUUUAAUCAUGAGGAAUCUCAGCAAUCAGAGCCAGCUCUUGAGCAAGAGCAGUCAGUGCAACAGGAGCAAUAUACUCAAGAGCAAUCAUUGCAACAAGAGCAAUAUACACAAGAGCAAUCAUUACAGCAGGAACAAUAUUUACAACAACUAGAACAGCAGCAAUCUUUUCAGCUCGAAGAACCGAUGCAACAGGAUCAGGAACUACCAGCGCAGCAAUCGUUCGAUCAGGCUAUAGAUCACUUGCCCGAUCACACCUCAGAUCAUAUUCCCGAGGACAUGGAGGCGGCGGAUGCCCAUGCAGAAGCCGAGGCCCAUCGCCUGCGAUCCGAGCAGGAAAAAGAGAUUGACACCAUUAUCGAUGAAAAGGUACGAGAACUGGAGCAACUGGAUUUGGGUCAGCAGUUGGAGCCACGUCCUUUGACGGCCAACGAUAAGAUCACCGAGUGGAUGAAGUCCAGUGAGAUUGAACAGCAAGUCCAUGAGCCCAGUCCCACUGCUGAGGCAGAUGUUUUGGACUCCGCCCUUGAGAUAUCCAAGGCAGAUAAGACCCUUGACGAACUCCUUGAGACCGUGGCCGAACUGGAUGAGAUAUACACGGACUUCAAAGUUCAGAGGGAUACGUACAAGAAUACCAUACAAAAUGAGUUGGCGGGACUUCAGGGUCGUGCGCCGCUGCAGGUGGAGGAUAGCUUCGAUGACGCUGCCACCUACACAAGCUUACAGAUUGCCUUCAAGAAUCCCGUCCUCAUACCCAUGGAUGAUAUAAUGCCUCCAACUCCGCCCAUGUCGCAAUGCGCUCCCGAAGAUGCCCAUCAGCAUUACGAUCCCGUCGAGGUGAACUCUCAGGCCCGCAAGCCGGAGACUCCGAUGCGACCAGUUCCUCCAGUCCCGCCGGCAAUUCUAACAAUUCAAUAUCCACCAGAAGAGGAUAAGUUGCCCCCAUUGCCACCGAAAAGAAUUCGAAAGCAGGACAGCAAUGCUGAGAAUCGAUCAAUCGAGGCCAAUACGGUUCAGACCAAGCCAUCUACAGGCGAGUCUCCUCUAAACAAAAGACUCCCACCUGCUCCAAAGAACCCGAACUUUAAUACACUGCCCAGGCAGAAGAAGCCGGGAUUCUUUUCGAAGCUUUUUUCGCGCCGCAAGAGCAAACCAGAUUUGGCCCAGGGGCAGGAGAACAGCUCUAUAUUGGAUUCCAAGGCAAAUAGCAGGGAGCCAAGUAUAGGUCACUUUAACAUGCAAGACCCGAUGAGGGCAUCGCUGCGCUCCUCCAAGUCAGCUGCCCCGUUCAUCUCGAAUCCAGCGCCUGCCAAAUCCAGUCCUGUCAAGGCCAAGAAACCAGGAUCAAAGCUGACCAAGCCCGUGGGCAGGAGUGUGAGCAGUGUUUCCGGAAAGAGACCCGCCUACCUGAAUGCUGAUGUGGUGCAUAUACCGCUGAAAGGUGACAGUGUCAAUAGUUUGCCACAGCAACAGCGAACCGAGGGCUACUCCCAAUCCAGUACGAUUUCGGUGGGAGCUGGGUUGGAUAGACGCACUGCAUCUGCACUACAGCUGGCUGACAUACCAAUUAGUGAGGGCGGAAUGGAACUGGUUGCCAUUGCCGAUCGACAAAGUCUACACAAUUUGGUCAGCUCCAUAGAGGGUCACUUCAAUGUCCAACUGGACCCCAAUUUGGAUCUGACCGAGGCCGAGCACUUUGCCCUGUACACGAGUAUUCCGCCACUUGCGGCGGCCAGUGAAUUUGACGAGACCUCCGCCUACUAUGCUCCCGUGGAUGCUGGCGAGAUUUUAACGCCGGAUGAGGUGGCCAAGCGAUUGGCUGCGGCAAAUGGCAUCUAGAUUUGUUGAUUUGAUUGUUUAUAUUCUUUAUAGGCAAACGAACCGAGGAAAAUCCUCGAACGAAACCCAAUAACGAAGCAAGUUGGCUUCAAGCCAGUGGAAAUUGCAUUGUAUUUCUCGGAAUCUGUUUCCAUUAACUCUGGCGCCACAAAUUGUCCACUUGUUGUAAGGCCGGCUGGAGCGCAAUGUCUUCAGUACCUUAAUGAAUUUGUAUUUGUUUUAUAAUUAAUAAUUGUGCUAAAAGUAUCCCCAAAAUAAUUUGUAAGUGAUACCAGGCAAAAGACCCCAAAGAAAUGGGUCAAACCCAAUGAUUUGUUUGUUGUCCAGGUGGCCCAUUUGAAGGGGCCAACCUAACUAUUGUAUUUAAGCGAAAUCACUCAAUUUUCAGAGUAGCGUAAGAUUUCCCAAUGGAAUCGAAUAUAUUGUUUAAAUUGAAACCGAAAACCCGAUCAUAUGUACCUACAACACGGUGUGUAUAUUUUGUCUUAUAGAUCCAGCGCACUUGAGGCGGAAACGUCAGAAGACUGGCGGUGAUCCCAUGCACCUGCUGCUCCAGCAGCAGCAGAAACAGCAAUUGCAGAAUGACCACCAGGAUGGCAGUAAGUUGACUGUUGAGAUUUUUCCCAAACUGGUGUCGGUCUUCUCUAUCCUCUAUUGUGUCUGUCGCGACUUUGAGUCGAUUUUUUCCCAUGUGUUUGAAUCCACUUGGGUACACAUACUUUGUUUUGAGAUGGAUGCUAGACAUCUAACUGAAUCCUACCUAGUCAAAUAGCAUCAUAUAUAUUUGAUGUUUUCUUCGGUAUACCAAAGACUACUUAACAAAUCAUCGCCCCCGAUGACGUAUUACUCGAAUAGACUCUUUUAGAAACUAUUAGAAAGCACUCAAUCAAUGCACAAAUCCACUCACCCAGAACACCAUGAAAUCUACGUAAAGGGGGGUAAUGUCCCCACUAUAUUUAUAUAUUGAUUUACAUGAUUAGUCGAAAUUAUAGUCAAGAAAAUGAGAGAUUGAUUCGAAAUCAAUAUGAAAUUUUUGUCGCUUUUCUACUCGUUUACAUGCGAAGAAUAUUUGAUAUUUUUAUAUACGAAAAAUUAAGAGUUUGGUAAAAAUAUUUUGUAUAAAAUAUUGUAGCUUAAUAAAAC